GGUGCUCCCUCCACACUGCUGCCCCUUAGGACUUGUUGCUUUUGAUUUAGCUUUAUCACUUACCCUAGGGGUGGCAGGGGUGUGUGUGUGUGUAUGAUUGCUUGAAAAGUCAAGGUUCAAGUUUAUGCUUGUUGGUUUUUAUGGUGAGUCAACUUAAAUAUUCUGGUGACUUCAUUGAGUACAAUGUUGGAAACUGAUUUUACUUGUGAUUUCUGUAUAUGAAACAUCUGUUGUUUUGUAUUCAUUUCAUAAACACAUUUUAAGAGUUGUACAGAGAGCUUCCUGUGUGGAGGACUGGUUCCCACCACUUGAAAUUGUUAGCAUACUUGUUAAAUGUUGCUGAUCUCUCUGAAACAAGAAGGCAGGGAGGACUUGGAACCACUUGUCACCUUCUGGAAAAGCUAGAGCUGGAGGUAACCAUGAUGCACGGGUAAGGAACAGAACGUGGAAUGUUUUCUGGAGAUAAUGGAAAGUUUACACUAGCCAUUCUUUGUCCUGAUGCAAAUAUGCAAUACAGAGAGUCUAAUUUGCCAGACAUCUUGGUCCCAAACUGAAGUGUCCUUUUCAUUUUACCAUUUAUGUUAGUUGUGGAUUGGGGAACUAGAGAUGCUGCCCACCCUAAGUAGAUGACAUUCCAAAGCUACAUCCAUGUUAACAUGUAGGUAUAUGUUAGUCAUUGUCUUCACCCCUAAAAGAUCACAGUCUAGUAAUAGUAACAUUAAUUAAAAAAAAAAACUUGCCUUUAAAAUGUAAGAAAGUCUCAGACCGAAAAAUUAUAUACUAAUUGAAACAAGCAAAAGCUGAGUUCAUCUCUAUAUUGCUAUGCCAGUAACUUUUCAUUUAUUUGCAUUUAGCAGAGACUAUUUCCUAUUUUAUAGAGGUCCCAGAAUCAUAAGAAUUCAGAGCUGGAAAAGCUUUAAGGGGCUUGUAAUUCAGACUCUUCCUUGUUCUACAAUUGAGGAAAUAGUGGGCCAGAGAGACUGAGGCCAACCAGCUGUUCCAGACAAAGCCCUCCAAUGGGACUUCAGUCAGCAUUUUGCAUGUUGGUGAUUUGAAAAGAUCUAAAGUACCUACCUUUCGAUGAUACUAGGCCUUAGUGAAUCACACACACACACACACACACACACACACACACACACACACACGCUAGGUGAGAAAGCUACAAACCAAAGCAGGGCUUCUCUCUUGAGAGAAGCCAGUACUGAAAUUACUGUACUGUUCCAUGAAUUUCAUGCUAAGCAUUCAGGUUUAGAGCACAUGGACCAAGAACUUUAGAAUAAGGACACGCUGUCAACAACAGCAAAACAGUUACCAGUAGUAUCUGGACACAAAGCCAAGAGGGAGUGAGAAUGUGAGAUUUAAAGCUUUCUAAGAUUCUCCCUAAGAAGCCGCAGAGGUUGGCAGGGCAGGCAACUGACAAGACUCCCCUUUAGAAGUGACUGUGCUCCGUGGAUGAGGGCAAGCGGCCACCCGUCCACCCGGUCGCUCCUUCCGUAGCCAGAGACGUCCGCACCGUGGGCGGUCCCUGUGCGCAUCCCCAGGGACCGAACCGAAGUCUGGGCGCCCUAGCGCUUCCCGCCGACUCGGCCGGGCGACCGCUUGCUCUGGUCCGAGGCUCAGCCCGCCGCCUACCGCCCGCGGGGAACCCGGGAAGCCUCGCGGCCCGCGAGACCCCGCCUCAGCCCGCCUCACCGCACCUAUCGCGGCCUGCACGCUGGUCACGCGGGGAGCCGCUCCGCGGGCGGACAGCCAGAGCCCGGCAGGGCCCGGGUGGCGGCUGCCGGUCGGGGCGGGGCGAGGCGGAGGUUAGAAAUAGGGACGGGCGGGCGGCGCAGAGCCGCCCUGACCACGCCGCAGCGCCCAGCGAGGCGGCCAGACCCACGCACCCAUGCUGCUGACGCUGGCCAGCGGCGCGCUCUUCUUCCCCGGGCUCUUCGUGCUCAGCACCUGGGCAUUGCGCCGCUCGCGGCCGGGAUGGACCUACGACGACUGCGUGACGGUCGGCACCAGGCUGGUGUCCUCGGUGCAGGCGGUGCUGGCCACCGGGGCGGGGUUCAUCGUUAUCCGCUCCUGCAAAAACGUGGUCUCAGACAGGCACUGGCUUGCCCGAGAAUAUGUCUGGUUUUUUAUUCCAUACAUGAUCUAUGACUGCUAUGCCAUGUACUUCUGUGAAUGGUGCCGAACCAGAGACCAGAACCUCAGACGCUCCACGCUUUUCCGAAACUUCCUGAUUGAAAAUCGCCUCAUGCUCACACAUCAUAUGGUUAUUCUGUUUGUCCUAGUGCCCAUUACACAGAAACUCCGGGGAGAGCUUGGAGACUUCUUUGUCGGCUGCAUCUUCACGGCAGAACUGAGCACUCCAUUUGUGUCGCUGGGCAGAGUUCUGAUUCAGCUAAAGCAGCAGCACACCCUUCUCUACAAAGUGAAUGGAGUCCUCACGCUGACCACCUUCCUUUUGUGCCGGAUCCUCCUUUUUCCCUUCAUGUACUGGUCCUAUGGCCAACAGAAAGGACUAAGCCUGCUCCGAGUGCCAUUUAACAUUCCUUUACACUGCAAUGUGGCCAAUGCCUUCCUCAUCUCUCCUCAGCUCUACUGGUUCUUUCUGCUGUGCAAGAAGGCAGCCCGGCUCUUUGACACUGCCAAUGCCAAAAAGGAUGGUUAAUCACUCCCAGGAGUCAGGCAGUAAGCAUGUCUCCUCACAGUAGCUGCCUCUCCUUACUCAGUAUUCCAAGGACCAAAUUGUACCUGGGGUGGCCCGAACAUUUUGGGUAUUGAUAAGCAGAUGGAUUUGAGGCUUGCUAAAACAAAAAACAAAAUUCCUAUUACCUCACUCUUCUAACCCCCUUUUACAAAAGCACUUUUUUCUUGGUAACAACUUUUGGGUCCUGUCAGACCUCUACUGCAAGGUAGCUUUAAUGCUAGCCCAAGGAUGCUUCCUUGGGUCGAUCUGAAGAGCUCUGGGAGGUGAAGCACUGCUACCCCUUUCCCAACCACUCAGGGCAACAUCCACAAUACUGGACCAGCAGAAGCAAGUGAUGACUUGGCUCAUGAAAUAGUGUUAUUUUGCAAUGCUAGAAAAAUCAUUGUGGGUAUACAGUUUUUUAACUAGACAGCCCUCAUCCUCUCAACUGUACAUCAACAGUGAAUUCUCAUUCCUAUUGACUUCAGUUAGAAGGGCCAACAGCAGGCAGGAGGCAGGGCUGGGAACCUGAGGCAUGAAUAGGUCAGGAGGCCAGUCCCUUUGCAACCUGACUUGGUAUAAAGACCAGUAUCAAACUUGUGGCUUCCAUAGUGAUUUCCCACUCUGAUGCUGUCCUUCUUAUACAAAAUGGAAAGACUUCUGUGCUCCUGAGAGGUCUUAUCCAGGCCAGAGGACUUCUCCUGAUAAGCCAGGCCCAUUUCUAUGUUGAAUGUACUGCAAUUUAGCCACAGAAGGCUAGAGAGGGUGGCCAAACCGGCCAAAGCAUGUCUUGUGGACCAACACCAUCAAUGGUUUACAAAUAGGAUCUGGUGCAACACUAACCAUUCCUUGCCAACAGGAUGUGUUUGGGAGAACCUGCUAGCACUUCUUUGAAGCAGUAGUAAAAGACAACCCUGCAAGGUUGUUUCAAGUGCCUUAUAAUUCACUGUCCAUGAACUUUUAAACGACUAAAUGAUUAUGUCUCAAAUUUUGACAGUUUUGGUCUUUAAUAGGUGCCAUUUAAAAACCAUAAAAUGCUGUUUUGUGUACUGUCAGUGUAUCCACAAGUUAUCCAUGUAGCGAUUAAAUUGCACUAAUGUCUCUA